CCAAAAACAGCGAAGCUGCCUGAGAAGUGGAGGGCAGAAGAGGGCCUUGGAAAGGGCGGAUAUAUGCGGGAUUUUUAUUAGCUUGCAGGUGGAGGAAUUACAAGGAAAGUUAGCAUACAUGGAUGUUUAGUAGCGCAGCAUGCUCAGUUAAAGUAAUUCUAAAUGCGUUUUAAAAUUUGCUGCCUUUUUUCAGGAUAGGAGACAAGCAUAUCCAACCGAAGAUAGCUAGCAGGUUAGCAAGAAAAUAGGAAUGACUGAGUUCUCGGAAUUUAUGUUUAAAGUAAUUAUUGGAAAAUUUUUAUUUCUUCACAUUAUUUACAAAAGCGCUCGUCGUGUUUACACGAAAUUUUUCAUUCGUGAGCUGCAGCGUGUUUUAUGCCAGUAAUGUCUACUGUUAGCUAGCUUACUACGCUAGCAAGAAACGGCUAGACCUACGUUUGCUUAGUCUGCUAGCCAGUUACGUUAUUGUUCAACAAAUCGCAUCGUUAAGGAUUAGAGUCGCGUCUAACUGGAGAACAGUUCCGGCUCAUCUAUUUAAUCAAUGUGACAAUCUGUACCAUUACGUGUCUCUAGUGUAACAAUUUACGCAUAUCGGUGUGACAUCUAAAUAAAAUACCUGUUUCUGCCACUGCUGCCAAAUAAAACUCGACUCGGAUUUGGAAAAAAAUGCACUUAUAACACUGCAUAAUCAGCAAAACCCAACAAGAAGAAGUCCCUGUGGGCAUCACACAAUAAUGAUGGAGUCUCUACAGAGGAACACAGAGGUACCCGAGCUGAAAGUGCUGCACGUCAAACAGGAAAUGCCAGAGAAGAUGAAACCCUUGCUGGAGCCGGUGUCCAUCAAACAGGAACUCUUCCAGGUGGACUUGAUGUCCAUAAAGGAAGAGCUUCCCGAGCUGAAGCUGGCGAGGGAGUCCUGUGAGCGAGUGAGCUGUGUUCCCAUCAAGGAGGAGAUGCUAGAGCCAAUCCAUGUCCACAGAGUGUUCCCAGACUUUGGACUUUUCAGUGCUGCAGACUCUGAUGACACACAGGUAAAUUUUAAGGAUGAGACUGGUGGGAACUCUGGCAUGGUUUCCUAUUCUGUCCAGUGUGGCUUUUCCCAAGAACUAGCCCACUGGGGACAGACCAGCUCGCAGCCACACACUCUGAUGGCCCAGUGCUACGAAAGCAGGUCGGGCAAGGAAAGCUCCCGCAUGGGGUCCUUCUCAGCCCAGCAUUUCACCAUCCACGCUGAGUGUUUCACCCCCCGCGUGAACUUCCCCCGCUUUCAGCAUCUGGAGGCGGACCAUAAGCCGUACCGGUGCAGCGUUUGUGGCAAGACCUUCCGGCGCACGGACCACUUGAAGCGCCACCAGAGCAUGCAUCUAGGGGAGAAGCCCUUCCAGUGCACGCGCUGCCACAAGCGCUUCUCCCUGCGCCGCAGCCUGGAGACCCACCAGCGGCAGUGCACGGGCGAGCUCACCUGCCGCUGCCCCGUCUGCGGCGACGUCUUCCAGAGCUUCAGCAACCUGCAUCGUCACCAGCUCAUCCACAACGGCGAGAAGAGCUACCGCUGCGGCCGAUGCGGCCAGCAGUACAAGCACUCUGACUACUUCAAGAGGUACCAGCGGAUGCUGUCGGAGGACCAGCCGUAUUACUGUCUAGAGUGUGAGGAGGCUCUGAGCCGGUCUCCCAGCACCACCCUCUAAGAGACUGUCAGGAAAGUAGGAGCGUGAGCCCAGGCUGCUCACUUUCCUGUUAUUCCCUUAUAUACUCCACUCUCUUCAUGUCUAACUGUGGGUACGUCAACGUACAGCUGCAGAUGGGUUAUAUUAACUUAAAAUUUUCACUGUGUUUCUGUUUUCUGGAUUUAAAUCGUCCCUUAUUCCAUUUUAAUUCGACAAAUAAAAAAAAAAAAAAAAGGAUUUGUAUCACCAUUUUGAUUUAGAUCAAAUUUGGCUUGUGAAUUCUGGGCUCAGAAAUGUUUCUUAUUUUUAAAACAUUUUCUUUAUGUAGUGCGUUUUCUACACUAUGGAUAGCAAAAAAAAAAAGAAAAGAAAGGUAAUUCAAAGUGUUUUUGUAUGAGCUGUAACUUCUUUAUUAGAUUCAAGA